CUGGCGAGGCUCUCUGCCCAGAGGGGCUUUCACCACUUCUUACGUCAAGCAGCCCCCAGGCAGGUGCGCCAAGGGGCGCCAUCUGGAGCCGGUCAGCCAUGCAGGGAGUCUGUGGAAGACGCUGCUCCCGCCGUGGCGCCAUCACCUGCCCAAACUCCACUGACGGGGCCCCUGCAGCCUCUGGCCUCCACCCUGCCAGCAGGACCAAUGACCUCCUCAAUUUCUGUCAGUUCACACUCGCCCCUGAGUACCUCCUGGCCCGCAGAGCCUUUCCUCUCCCCAGAUGGCUUUUCACACCAGCCCCUUGCUCUUCCCCCUUCCCCGCCAUGUCUCCCUCCUUCGGAGGCCUCCCCUGGGCCUCUGACAGCCUCCUUGGCCCCAGAGUGGCCAGACUCUCCUUUGACUCUCCCUCAGUUUGCCUCAAGGGCAACCCCGCCGCACCCCAUCCCACAGAGCUUGGCUCCACACAUGCCUUGGUCAGCUGACAGGACAGCUCCCGGCCCAGCCAUCUCGGGCCUAGGCCGUUCACGCAGCCCCAUUUCGGCCCUGUCCUGGUGGCAGGCGGCUGCCAAUGCCUGGAACCUGUCCACUUCAACACGCUUGGAGUCCCAUAAAGCGCCUCUGUCCCAUGGCCGACCAGAGGCCUUGUUCUGGGGAGAGCCCACACACAGACAGGGAGAGACUAGGGUCCCCCCUCUCAAUAACCCGGACGUCCAGAAGCUUCUGGAGAUACUAAUCGCCAAGAGAACAGAACUAAAGUUUUGGAAGGAGAAGGAAAAGAAGGAAAGGUCACAAUACCAGCUGACCUCUUUUGGGAGAAUGUUCAAGUCCCCAGGUGGCGGGCAGGACACCGUGGGCCGCCUGUCCUUAUUGAGCAUGAGAGGCAAAGUGAAACAGAUGCUUGGUCCUGAGAAGCCCCCACAUCCCAAGAUUCCAGGGCACAAUUUGGAGCAGAAAUGCAGCCAGCUCUUCUGGGGUCUUCCCUUUCUGCACAGCGAGUCCCUGGUGGCCACUGUCAGGGUGACCGACCCCCCACUGGAGUUCCCACCCAUCAUAUUCAAUGAGCUCUCUCAUGCCUUGCCACUCGGGAUUCAGGCCAGCGUGGCUCCAUGCCUCUCCCUGACCCAGGACUUGGGCAACCCUUCGGCCCAGCCCCAACCCUUGACCCUGAACUUGUCCCAGUCCCUGCCCCAGCCUCUGACUCAGGCCCAGCCCCUCCCCCUGGACCAGCCCCUGCCCCAGCCCCAGCCCCUCCCUCUGACUCAGCCCCAGCCCCUCCCUCUGGACCAGCCCCAGCUCCCACCUCUAGCUCAGCCCCAGACCCAGGCAUGCCUUGCACCCUCUGUCCCAGUUGGACUUCCUUCUCUGCCACCGGAUAUGGGGAGCUGCGAGGUGUCUUGCCCUGUAGCCCAGAAGACACCAUCUCACAUGUCAACUGUCGUUCAAAACCUGGAAUGUCACUUUCUGAAGAAGCAACUAGAAAGCGGUGAGGUACCCCCUGUGGUGAAAAGAUCUCAGGAAGUCUUUAGCCAAGGUCCUCCCGACCUUCCGCAGGGUGGCCAGGCCCCCGAGGGCCAUGGGUCAGUCUCUGUCCUUCCUGGGAACUUGAUCGACUCUGAACUCCGGGAGCAACUGGAGUGGCACCUUUGGAAGAGACUCGUGAAGCAAGAAAGACGCCCACCCUACAGGAUCCAGCUAUCCCUGAAGAUACAGCCUCACCAAAAGUUCCAGAAGGUGCCCCAGGCUCGCAGCUGGCACAGUCCGACGUCCGAGUCUGAGUCUGUGGAUGGAAGCCGCACACGAAGGACUGUGCCAGGAAAAAGCCGGGGCAAGGGUUCAAGGCCCAGUGCAGGGAGGACCCGGAAAGAUCUACACAGAGGCACAACAAGCUCUCCAGGGAAGGCUCCAGGAAGAAAUCGUGAGGAGUCAGACACAGACUUGAGGCCCUCCACAAGCAGUGCAGAUGAGAAGCAUCCAGAAAAGGACCCGAGAGCCCAUUUCAGGAAGUUAGGGCAGUCCAGAGAGGGUCAGGUCCCUUUGGAUGUUCAUCCUUCCAGGCUCACUGCCCACCACGCCUCGGACCUUCCUGGAAAGCCAAGCCCUCAUGGGAAACCUGGAAAGCCAGCACUUUCCAAGUGUUGGGAACCCUGCAUGACCACCUCCCACAAUUUUUCCAUCCUCAGUCCGUACACUCAGCGGAUGCUAGAAGCACAUAUCAUAAGGUUUAGGGUGAAGCACCAAUGGGGCCUCCCACUCAAGGUUCUCAAGCCUAUAAACCUCUUCAAGUUGAAGAAGGGCUUCCUCCUCUCUCGGUCCUCCGGUCCCCUCUCCGCCUCCUGCGUAUCCAAGGCCAGCUCGAGGACCAAGUUCGUGGGAAGUUCUCCUCAGCCCUAUCAAGGAGAAGUGAUGAAAGAGUCUUACCCCACCUGGGAGGGUCCCCUUGGUGCUCCCCGGCCUAUGUGUGAGGAAGUCCAGCAGGCUCUAGAAGGGACCUCACCUGGGGGUGGCCCUCCGGCUGGACAGGAGGCCAGGCCAGCUUCUCGGACCUUCACAUACAGCUUUGUGGGCAGAAUCUGGCACAGUGAGACUGCCUCAAGGACUCUUAUGAACAGCACCUUGGAGUCAAGUCCAAGUCCAGCAACAGCCACGAAGGAGCCAAGGAGGGCGAAUGGGGGUUGGGCCUCACGGGACAUGACCGUGCUAGAGCUCAACUUGGAGCCCCAGGAUUUGAGUGCCAAAGAGCCCAGGGAGGCGGAGGAGGUCGAGGAGGUCCCUGCCUGGGGAGUCACCUUAGAACCCCAUGUGCUGGUCAAUAACCAAGGCUCCUGUGGCAAGCUGAGAAGAUCAGAGUCUUCAGGGAAAAGCGAUAGCCCCCCGCCACCUACAAAGUUGGUAGCCCGAGACCCCAAAGAGCUAUGCCUUAAGGCACAGCAUAGGGGAUCAGAGCCCCAGAAGUUGAUGGAGACAGAGAACUGGCCUCGGGAUGCCACCCCCACUGUGCUCCUUCAAGACUGUGAGACAGGGGUCCUCCUUCAAGACUGUGCCACUGAGCAUCUCCUUCAAGACAGUCAGUCCAAUGUGUUCCUCACGGCUGAAGUCUUGGCUUCUCAGGAAUCUCUGUCUGGCUUCCAGAGCGGUUCCAGUGAAGACACAUCUACUUCCCCGGUGCCACGUGGCCAAAGAUCCCGUGGCCAGAGCCCCCACAGGCAGCCGGGACCCCCGGGACUACAGCAUCAGUGGAAGAGCCUGAGCAGGUUAUGUGUCCCCCCCGAGGGGAGAGAGAGCUCCAGGAGGUCCCCCUCAAGAGAGCCUGCCAGAGAGUCAUCGGAACUGAAGCUCCUCCAGAUCAGUGAGGUGAGACGACCCGUCCAGAGCCAGGAGUCAGCAGAAGCUUCGGGAAGCAAGGCCUGUGAGAUCUCGCUGAAGAAGGAGGAGGCGCCUCCGGAAAACUACUUCAGGAGAAGGAUGAAGCACCUGCUCCAGUGGUUCCUUCCCAGUAGAGGCAAAGGACUGGAAAAUUCCCUUCAAAAGGGCAAGUCUUCAUCAUCCCAGGGCUGUGGACAAGUCACGGGCAGGUCGGCCAUGGACAGCACUUCUGCCAAGGCUCAGGUGGUCAUGACUGUUGUGGGGCAGAUCCUAGAGGAGAAAGUGGUGCCUCACCAGGGACUCAGGGCCCCGGAGUUCAGCUGGUGCCAGAAGGAUCUCCAGGCUUCGGCACGCCCCAGUGUCCGCUACCACGGGGUCCUCUCCUACCAAGAGCAGAGGAGGGUGAUGAAGGAGACAGCCAGCCCACAGGGCACCCCCAGGGGCCACAGCUAUGCCAACAAGACCGAGUGGAUGGCGUGGCCCUUCCCCGCCAGGGUGCCGGGGGGCCCAGGCAGACCCUGCCAGUGCGGGUCCCUGGUGCCGGGCCCUUCAGGCCGCACCCUGCAGCCCCACUGCCCCAGGCACUGCCGCCUUCAGAGAUACGUCGCACCCGGCCAGCCACUGUGUGCUGCUCAUGCCUUUCCAGGGAGGACAACUUUCCUCCAAGAAGAAACGCAAACGGUGCAGAGAAAAACGUUUUUUUCUCACAUUAGCACAUCCUCUAUGGGCUAAUGGCUUCUCCGUGCCGCGAUUUCUUUGCUUCCCCAAAAUACAUGUU